AUGGGGAAAACAGCAGCUAAAGGUAAAGUUCUUGAAACAAAGCAACAAUGUAAAUGAGGGGCUGCAGUUUUCAGGGGGAAGAGGCCCCCAAGAGACCUAAUAAGAUGGGGGGGGGUGACUAGGAAAGAUCUCACAGCUUGGAAAUAUAACUCCCCACAGUCAACUCACUAAUCUCAUGACAGAGUGGAAUAGAUUUCUGCAGGCUAUUUUAUGAUUUUUAUUCUCUGCCCUGGUCCUUUUCCCUUUUCAUUUUGUGGUCCCAUAAGUAUAUGGGUAUAUGAUUGCAGCUUUUCGAUUUAACGUACAUAUUUCUCUCUAAUUUAGUAUGUUCACUAUUGCUGUAUUGCUGUGAUGGAGUUUUCUAACCUUUUAUAUUGGGGAUAGAUUAAAAUGUCAGGGCCAUAUAAACUGGCUGCCCCUCCAGAUAGCUGAGCAUGUAUGCUUGGUCCCAUUGUUGCACUGCUGUAGGUCAAAUCACUUCCAACACUUGGGAGAGAGUUUACAGAGCUCCACAGGGAACACACCGCGGUUGUAGUUAAUUACAUAGCACACUGAAAAUGCUUACGCCCUUCCAAAUUAUGGAGAAUUCUUGAUUUGGCUAGAAUGCAGCAACUACCAUGCUGGGCCAGGUUAGAUAUUUAUUGCUCCCCAACUUUGAUCUGUGACCAGCCCAGUACAACAAGCAAAACAAGAUUGCCAUCUUCCUUCACAUAGGAGCCAACUCCAAGGGGCCGAGGUCCCUUCAGCUCCCCCAAUAAAAUAUUUGAGGGGUUGGGGGGCCCCAAAGUUGAUGGGCAUUGGUGUGCCCUGUCAUGUGAUGGAUUAUGUGGGGCACGGCAUACCUGGGACCCCCCCCCCAAUAUUUUAUUCAAGUUGGCUCCCCUGUUCCUUGACCUUCAGUAUCUGGCAGCCAUUGUUCAACUUUUCCUUGAAGUGUCUACAUGGUCUUUCAUUUAUGCUAGUAGUUGUCAGAGCAACCCAUGGCAAUAUAUUCUACAGAUAACUGUAUGAAACGGGGUACUUUGUCUUGUAAGGGAAUGUUUGUUUUUAAACCUAUGUGUCACGUUUAGUUUCCUCCAAGCGCUUACAGUAUACUGUACCUUUCCCUGAUUUUUAACUCUAUUCAUUACAUGAGAUGCACAGUUACUCUUAGAGAAAUAACUAAAUAAAUCCCACUGAGUCCAGUUGGGUUUCCGUCUUAAUAAAUGUGUUUAACAUUGCAGGAUUGGUUGCACUGCCAUUUCCUGCACGUAAGUGCCUGAAGCAGGAGUGGGUAGCCUUGAUAGGCACAAGGGCCUCGUUUUGGGUCAGCCACCCAUUUGCAACACAUUGCAAUGCAAACACACCCUCAGCAAGGAAGGACUAGACAAGUACAGUGGUGCCCCGCAAGACGAAUGCCUCGCAAGACGGAAAACCCGCUAGACGAAAGGGUUUUCCGUUUUUGAGUUGCUUCACAGGAUGAAUUUCCCUAUGGGCUUGCUUCGCAAGACGAAAAUGUCUUGCGAGUCUUGAGAUUUUUUUUCGCUUCCACCCCCCCUUUUUCUAAGCCGCUAAGCCGCUAAUAGCCUUUUAGCAGCUAAGCCACUAAGCCUUUAAUAGCCGCUAAACCGCUAAUAGCGCUAAUCCGCUAAUCCGGUAAUAGGGUUGCUUCGCAAGACGAAAAAACCGCUAGACGAAGAGACUCGCGGAACGGAUUAAUUUCGUCUUGCGAGGCACCACUGUAUACAUGAAACAUGUAUACUACCCUGUGGGGUGGAGAGACAGAUUCAGCAGACAUGCUGCAUCAGACUCACACAUUCAGCAGAGCUUUUGCUCUCUAAGGAAGCACUGAUGUAGAAGGGCCUCUUACCCCAGCACUGUUCUGGGGAGCAGAGGAGGAAACCAGCCUGUUUUGCAAAGAGGCCCUUUUCCCUCUUGUGUGGCAGAAUUGUUGGGAUUCUUAGAAAAAUGGUGCCGUGCCAGAGGGAGAAGGGGACCUUUUGCAAAGGUUGAAAAGACAUUCCCAGACUAAACAUGAUGACCAGGGGGAGAAAUGGAUACCUCACCAGUGCAACAAUGAGGACCAACAGUACCACCUGCUUCUUGGCAAAUACAUACAUACAUAUACGUACGUGUGUGUCCGUCUGUCCGUCCCCUAUUUAUUUACUCAUUCAUUCAAAGUACUUAAAUUCUUUUUAGGGCAGAGCUCUUUCAGGGGGCUUUAAAAAGAUAAUUAGUUCCAAAUAAUCUAGCUUUGUAUACAUAGCAGUGGUUCUCAGCUGGAACUAUAUCCAUGCACAAUGGAGGGAUGCAUGGGGUACCUCAGCCCGGGGCAGUUUAUUCUGCAAAAUUAUGUGAAAAAUACUGUGUUUUAUGUCCUUUUUCUUUUUCUUUAGAUUCUAAGACUAUUAAAAGAGAAAAACAUGGGAAGAGUUGUCUGUCAAGCAACCAAUUGCUAAAUAAUGGUGUGUAUUGUAAAUGUAAAUAUCAUGAAUUAUUUUUAAAAUAAAUAAAUGGGGUUUAACGUCUGCUCAUUCACCUAUCUCUCCCAUCGCCUCCUGCCUCACCCGAUUAGCCUCUCCACUUGUGCAAGGUGCCUCCUUCCUGAUUUUUGGACAGUUACAGCUACCUCCUGCAGUGUAGUCCAUGCUGUUCAGGAGGUCUCCCAAUCAUCCCGGGUUCUUUUAAGAAGGCUGUUGUGUGUGGGGGAGAAGAAGAUCAGAAAGAUCCUUGCUCUAGAGGCCCUGCCAUAACCUUUAGGAUUUUGAAAUGGGCACUUUUUUUCCUUAGGGACUCCACUCCAGGGCCUGGUACCAAAGUGGGGACUCGCUGUCAUGCACACUUAACCCAGACACACGACCUUAAUAAAUAAUAAUAAUAAUAAUAAUAAUAAUAAUAAAAAAUUUAUUAUUUAUACCCCACCCAUCUGGCUGGGCUUCCCCAGCCACAAAUGCAGAUAAGCAUACUUAACUCAAAUCUGCCUGCCCAGGUAUGCUUUUUUUCUUUUUUAAUGAAAUAGAGGUGUAUAAAUAUUUUUUUAUAAAUAAGUAAGUUGCUUCCUAUUCUCCUAGCUGAGCCCUUUGCCUGGGUUUGCUGGUAUCUUUGCUCUUGGGUUCAAGAAAGAUUUUAGGGUAGGUAAUGUUGCUAAAAAAAAACACAACAAAAAAAAAAAAACGAGGGACACGGGUGGCGCUGUGGGUAAAACCUCAGCGCCUAGGACUUGCCGAUCGCAUGGUCAGCGCUUCGAAUCCCCACGGCGGGGUGCGCUCCCGUUGCUCGGUCCUAGCGCCUGCCAACCUAGCAGUUCGAAAGCACCUCCGGGUGCAAGUAGAUAAAUAGGGACCGCUUACCAGCGGGAAGGUAAACAGCGUUCCGUGUGCUGCGCUGGCUCGCCAGAUACAGCUUGUCACGCUGGCCACGUGACCCGGAAGUGUCUUCAGACGGCGCUGGCUCCCGGCCUCUAGAGUGAGAUGAGCGCACAACCCUAGAGUCUGGCAAGACUGGCUCGUACGGGCAGGGGUACCUUUACCUUUACCUUUUUAAUGUUGCUAAAAUAAACCAAAAUAUUGAUAUUUAGGUAGACUGAGGGAGUUAAAACAAAAAGCAGGUUUUUGGUUGAAAAUGAAGGAAGUAAAGAAGGACUUUUAAAAGUGACUAGCUCUACUCAAGAUGGGCCUUGCUCACCCUGAUUGUGCAAGAGUUUUAACAUUUUAAGGAAAUAAUGGGCUGGAUACAUGAGUGAAACACAGGACGUGUGCCACAUAAUGAAUGGUAGAAAUCCAGUACAAGCUAAUGUCAGAACAUGAGAUGCAGGAGUCCCACAGCUGCAUCACUUGAGGGUUUCCGCUAGUAGCCAGGACCUCUUGAGUUUUAUUAGCAAUUAUAAAGCAGCCCUUCCCCCAACCUGGCAGCCUCCAGGUUGUUUUAGACUACAUGCAUCAAAGCAGUGUUCGAAACCCCCAUUGUUCUAGGCGCAUUUUGCGACGGGGAAUUUCAUUAGCGCGAGCAGAUUUCAGAUUAAAACCUCAGAGUGGAAGGAAAGGAGGACCUUUUCCCGCCUCCCCACUUCCAGCCACUCUCUGAAGACUAGAGAAGAGACCCUCUUAAGAAUAUUAGGGGGGGGAGCAGGGGAAGGAAUGAACAUAAUAUUUUAGCUGCAGUUCAUUCAUUUUCAGCUCUGUAUUGUUAUAAAAAGCACGCCUAGACAUUCCAUUGUCGUGCCUAUAACGUACGUUUAAGGUGACAUUUAGCUCCUAGCUGUCAUAUCUCAGUUUCUAACACGGCAUCAAAGUACUACUGUUAUCAGCUGAUGGGAAUUGUUGAAAACAUCUGGAGGGCCCCAGGUUGUAGAUUAUCCUAACAAAGCCACUAGGUGGCAGCAUAGUAUCAUUUUUUCAGUGGCUUACUUUUUGUAUUUGGAGUGGAAACUCCUAUGAAGGCAUGGAGAACGUGCACAGAUUAGCAGUGUAAGGUGGGAUCUGGACAUGUAGUCCCAAUAUAUGUCUGUUGACUGGCCAGCGUAUGAGAGACCUUGUUUUUUUUUCUUGGCUUGUGAGCUUUGGGUUGUCAUGUCAACCAUCUCCUUCAGUCUGGAGGAUAGCUAGAGAUGUGCAGAAAGAAGGGAUGAAAUAGUAGAGAUGGUUGUGUAGGAACCACAUGAGUGGGUGGGGGUACAGGAGGGAAAGACAAGGGGGUGGUUCCCCCCUUUUUGACUCUAUUCCUUCAACUAUGUGUGUAUUUGGGGAGGACAUGUUCCCUCUGUCCUGUCCCCUCAUGUGUACAUGAAUGUAUAUUUCAUGCAUGUCUGUGGCUUGUGUGAUAUGCAGUGUUGUGUGCAUUUUGUGUUUAGCUGGUGGUGGGUGGAGGUGGUUCAUAUCCAUCUCUGCCUUCUCUCCACUCCUGCAAACUAUUGUGCACCCACCUGCAAAAACAAACAAACUUUCAUCUGGAUUUUUGAGUGGAGCAGGUAUUCAUUCGCCCAAAUUAUACAGCUGUACACUAUAAUGAAAAUCAGCAUUUACAUUUUUUUUAAAAGAAACUUUUUAAAAGGAUUAUUUACUUAGCUCAGCCCUUGCCAUUGUUAAACCAAGAACCACUUUAUUGUCCCAGGAAAUCUCGUGCUAUGUAAACACAGUAGUUUAUCUUUAUUCAGCAGGGUUCUGAAGGAAUGGAUAGAUAACAAAGGGAAUCCAGACCCUGCAAACUUAACACACUUUAAGGUCGAGCUAUUCUAAGCUGCAGCGUAGGCCCAGCUUAAGUGUGAAUGCAUCUGUGUUUGUUUUUUUCAGCAGUGACUCGUCUCCCUGUGCACAAAGAAAUGUUCCUUUUUGUUUUAUGUUAAUGCUCAAUCUGUAAAACAGUGAAACCACUUCUAUUAAUUUCACUAAAACUGCUCCUUCAAAUAUAGUAUAUAAAUCUAGAUUCUAACAAGGGUUUCAUAUAUCUAUAUCUAUAUCUGAAAAGAAAAGCAUUAUCUAUAUGUAUAUAGAAAAGAGAAGAAGUUCAGAUACUUUGUUUUCCUUUGGGUAAACGAUUUCUGCUUAUCUUCCAGUAGUCCCUUAGAGUGCUAACUGCUUCCCCCAGUCACAAAUGAUGACAAAUGUACAAAAGACUGAAGAAGAUAAUAAACAAAAAUUUGUGUGCUUCCUGCAGAUUGAAGUCUUUUUAUCUCAACAAUAUAUUUAAAUUUUGCUCUCCCACGCUUUUCCCUCCUAGAAUAUUUUAACUGGGAUAACUACUUGAAAGAGACUGGAUCCUUAGCUGCUCCUUCACAUUGUUUCAGACAGGUAAAUGGUUUAAAAUAUAAAUGAGUAUACGAAAGUGUUUUAUGUUAGUAUUGUAGUUUCUUUGUGUUGUUUACCUUUCAUAUAGAUAUAUGUUAUGCCAGGGGUGGACAGACUUCAGGAUUAUGAGGGGUUUUUUUGUUUUUUUACAAGAAGCCCAAGGUUUAGAGGGCUUGUUCAGGCAUGGCCAAACUUGGCCCUCCAGCUGUUUUGGGACUACAAUUCCCGUCAUCCCUGACCACUGGUCCUCUUAAGCUAGGGAUGAUGGGAGUUGUAGUCCCAAAACAGCUAGAGGGCCAAGUUUGGCCAUGCCUGGUAUAUUUGGAGAGUGGAGUCAACAACCUGUUGUAAUCCCUGAGCCAUUCACUGUAUAUGGAUGUACAAAUCUGUAUCUUGAGUUACCAUAGAUCAAGGAUGAGAACUCAGAACUCUUAAAGUGGCCAAUACUGUUGUAUAAAAACUUGGCCAAAGGCCGCCAAUCAUUAUGCAUAUUUUAUAAGUUAGAAACACCUAAGAACGUUAGCACAAGGAGAGAAAUGGCUUCCUUUUAAAAACUUACACUGUUGUUAAACUAUGAGUAGCUAGAACCACCUAUUAAUUAACUGCAAAUCACCCCAGAGAUUUCCCAGUUGAUACCAGUCUGCCUACUUCUGUGUUACACAGCCCAUAUGGGUAUUUUGCACGCUUCAGAUACUUACACUAUUUAAAGGGGGGGUGCUCCAGUGGCUUUAAAAAUCAUAAAUACUAGUUGCAUAAGUUAAAAUUUUCUAUCAGGAAGGUAUUAGCCUUUCAUGCCUCUUAAAGCUGUGAUUUGUUGUGAAGUUAAUUAGAAGUAAAUUACAAUAAAAUGGAUGAGACAGCUUGCAAGUAGGUAAGUUUAGGGUGGAAGUGCCAGCUUACUAUAGUUGUGCAAAAGAAUAAAUUUGUGUAAGAAGCCAACUUCGAUACAGUGGAUCACGUAUUAGAUUUGUAGGUGGGGUAGCUCAUCCAUUGAAGGUCGUUGCUCAGUGUAUGUUACUAUCUUUUAGCCUAGCCUACCUCAUAAUGUGAAGAUACAACAGGAACUGUAAAUCCUUGGUUAAAUUGAAGAGUGAUUUACAGUAAAUAUAAAUGGCAUUUAGCGCACCUGGGAUUAUUGCCCAGGACUGGAAAUAGAAUCAAAUAUUCAGGUGCCAGGAAAUUUUCCAGCGAUUUCUUUGAGGAGCUACACUUAAUCUUGGCCCCAAAGGCUGAGAAACAAUUAUGGUGGUAAUAAAUAAGCUUGUGACUAGCCAAAUAAGUAUUGCUGAUUCCUUCUCUCUCUCUUCCUUCUGGAAAAAUAGUCCAGUAAAUGCCUUAUUUUGCCUUUCUUGCAGUCUAGGGUUCCACCUAGCAAUGAUUUCAAAGUGGGGAUGAAAUUGGAAGCCCAUGACCCUCGAAACAUUACCUCAGUAUGUAUAGCUACAGUUAUUGGAAUCACGGGUGCCAGAUUAAGGUUGCGGCUUGAUGGAAGCGACAACAAAAAUGACUUUUGGAGGCUAGUGGAUUCUUCUGACAUACAGCCAAUUGGAACCUGCGAGAAGAAAGGAGGAAUGCUUCAGCCACCACUUGGUAAGAAAACAUAUAAGCCUAACAUGGAUGAAAUCAAAGUUUGCUUUGAAGUCACAUUAGAGUUUGAAAUGACAUAUCAAAAUAACAGCAGCUGGAGAUAAAGGGAAUGAAGAAUAGACUAAAUGUACUGGACUGGGUGAGUUGGGUUGAGUUUGCUGGAGAUAAUACAAGUGAACCAUGGAUUCAUGGCACUUCUGUGAGAAAUGUCACUUUAGUUCCCAGGUUUUUCCUUCAAAACCCUCUGUGGCAUUGUCCUCCCGUUAUCCUCUGCCCUUGCCCUGUUCCACCAUCUUGAUGCAUGACUCCUUCAAAGAACUCCACCCCUUCUCUUUUGCAUCCCUUUAGAACUGUCUCCCAGAAAAAAAACCUGUGUGAUGCCACCUCUCUCACUUCCUCAAGCCAUAUCUGUCCUGUGUGAAGUCUUUGGGGGCAGCUUCCUGGUCCCCCUUGCCCUACUGUCGCUGCAUGUCACUGAAAUAAUGCACAUUCUUCCCUGUUUACCCCAUGCCUCCAUUUCCCUCCUCUUUCCCUGUUGAUGUCUGUGUUCUGUUGUAGGCCGUAAGCCUGCAAUAGAUUAUGGACCUGUCUUCCAAAGCCUGUGUAGCACCACUGAUGGUUCUGUAUGAAUAAUGGAAAUAAUAAUCGGUUAGUAAUUUAGUGGCGCUUUAAAACAGAGGUGACUAACCUGUGGCCUCCAAAUGUUGUUGGACUCCCAGUCUUCCCAUCAGCUUCAGCCAGCAAUGCCAAAGAUGAUCAGUUGCACAUUUGGAGAGCCACAGGUUCCUUCCCCGGGUAUGAAAAUCUUGCUCCUAUUAGCAAGAUGUUUUAUGGCCUUCAGGGUGAAGGAUGCAUUUUCUUCUGAGAACUUUCUAAGGGCCACGUGCCAAUGGUGGCCAGAGGGGAAAGUGCAUGAAGCAACGAAUGUAAAUUUUUUUCCUUGGUACCAUUGGCGAGUUUCUAUGCAAAUUUUCACCCUCCUCUCUACCUAGCCAGUGGGGGGGGGGGGAGACCCGGAGGUUCCCCACACCUGGCCUAUACUGAGAAAGUAAUUGUUUGGAAGCAAAACAGCUUGAAACAGGUGUUUUAGCACCACCAGUGAAUGAAAUUAUCUGUGGUCCCCCUCCUCCCGAUCUUUGCAGUAAUGUUUGCCGGAUACUAUAAUGCAAUUAGUUUGCUCCUGCAGUAUAUGUAAACUGGCACAUAUCUUUAUUGAGCCAGACAAGUGAGCCCUUGAUAAAAUAUACCAUACUGUAUUUGGUGCUCCUAUGUUUUCUGAAGAUAGGCAGAAUUCCAGUGUCCAAAUGGCAGUUUUGCCACAUCUUGUUUGUUGGCUGAGCUUGGAGCUAAUUGUGUGUGUAAUUACCUCCUGCUAACUGCAUACAAAACUGGUAUUUCCCAAGUGACGUCGAACUGUCUGGUCCCAGAAAUCCUAUUCCGCUCGUAAUACAGUAUGAGUCAAAACGCUCCCUUUCUGCUUAACUUUAAAUGUAGCACUGUAUUCCCACGUGUUGCACCAGGUGCUUAGCUUAGUAUUGCUCAAUUACGGUUGCAGCUUCUGGUGGGAAGUGCCUCAGCACGAUGCACCCAUGCUCAUCUUCUAUUUAUAAUCAAAACGUAUCCUGCAGAGAUAACGCCACUUAACAAAGGUUCUCUUGUUUCUUAAAAGGCAUAUUUUUGGUAAAUCUGUUAUGCACAACUCAUCUAUUGUUGUCAAUUUUAGGGUUCCAGAUGAAUGCAUCUUCUUGGCCAAUGUUUCUCCUAAGAACACUAAAUGGUGCUGAAAUGGCGCCUGCUUCAUUCUUUAAGAAGGUAGGAGACUCGGCUGCAGUUGUAUUGCUUGUUGAGGAUUCCAGUGCACUAUACUGCACUGUCCAGCCUGAAAAGGCAAGGAAGUUGUUCAAAAGGACAGGACUACUAGGAAGGGGAACAUCUUUCUCCAUCCUCAGUGCCUGCAUUUAGAAAAUGCCUGUAUAUGUAUUGAGUUCAGAACAAAUCUCUUUGGUUUUAACAGUUUUAGGCUUACCUCUCCACACAGGUCAAAUUAAUAUAUUAAAAUAUGUGUGUUGUUUAUUAUAUGUGAUGUUCCUGUUCAUGCAUAAAUGGGGCAUUACAGUCUAGACAAAUGUAGAAGUUAAUUCCUGUAUGGGAGAGGUUGACUUUUUUCUGUUGAAUAGUCUGGUGAAUGUAUCAAAGACUUCUAAGCAUAGUAAACACCCAUAAAUUAUGCCCCAUCCUCCUUAUUCCAGUCACUGUUGUAUGGAUCAUACACAAAUGACAAUGCAGAACACAUUUUUAUGCUAAAAACAAUACACACUCUUCUUGUAACAAUCUCAGCAUUUUUACUCCUUUCUUCUCUCUUGGUAUAUGAUGUUUACAUGUGUUUUAAUUUGUGCUUAGUUUAUGUUAUUUUAAUAACUGAAGCUCAAUCCAGAUAAGACUGAGGCACUAGAUUGUCUGCUCUUGCACUUCUGAUCUGAAGGAGCAGGUUCAUAGCUUGGGGGCACUGCUGGAUCCUUUGCUGUCGCUCGAGGCUCAGGCGGCCUCAGUGGAGCGGAAUGCCUUCCAUCAGCUUUGGCUGGUGGCCCAACUAUGCCCCUAUCUGGACAGGGAUAGCCUAACUACUGUUGUCUAUGCUCUGGUAACCACAAGUUUAGAUUACUGCAAUGCAUUCUACAUAGGGCUGCGUCUGAAGAUGGUUCAGAAACUUCAGCUAGUGCAGAAUUCAGCGGCCAGGUUACCGGAGCAAGAUGGUUUGAACAUAUUACACUGAUCCUGGUCUGACUGCAUUGGCUGCCAUUUCCAGGCCCAAUUCAAAGUGCUGGUUUUGACCUAUAAAGCCUUAAACGGCUCAGGACCCAUCCUAUGCCCUUUUAAAAUGUGGGCGUUUGGGGGGAGCGGGUUCUUGGGUUCUUGUUUUCAUUUAGAUUAUGUAUUUUGUGGUUUUAUAUUUUGAUUUUGUUCUGUGAACCACCCUGAGACCUCCGGGUAUAGGGCAGUAUAUACAUUCAGUCAAUAGUAGUAGUAGUAGUAAAUUUGGAUGUUUUAAACUUUUUUUGCUGAUUAUUUUAUUGUGUUACUCAUUUUGUAAACUGCUUCGAGGUUUGGUUGGGGGUUUUUUUACACACAAGCGGAACGGAAAUGUUAUGAAAUAAAUAAAUAAACUUUAUGAAUUGCACCAAAGCUGGAACAGUACAAGUCUGUUCUGCGAAGAAAAUGAAGUGGGUUGAUUUACAAAGUGAAGAAAUGAAAUAACGUGCCUUAAUUAUGCAAGGAAGAAGAAUAUAAGUUAUAUUUACAACUUAAAUUGUCCUUUUAGUUACAUGAACAAUUUUACAAAUGAAGCUAUGCCCCUUUUUAUUAAUAAUUCAUGUCCUUCCCCACAAAACUUCAAUCUAAUGAACAAUAAAACGUAAGGAAGAGUAGGAAACAAAAUGCCAUCAUGGAAGCAAUUCAUCAUUUGAACAUGCAUUGAAGUCAUAUUAUGCAAAUUCGAAUGGCUCUAUAAGAGAGUCUCCUGUUCGUUUACAAACCUGCUUUAGGCAUAGACUUGAAGAUGGUAAUUGGUCAGUUCAUGGUCUCAACACUGACGGGUGACACUGCAAACUAUUUUAUGUUUUUCACAACACUGUAACAACUUAUUCUUCUUGUGAUUAUCAAGGCGUUGGAAAUAUGUUGCUUGGUAGUUCUGUUUCUUUCAUCAGUAAUUAAGGAAAGAAAUACGUAUCUUAAAUUUUCAACAACAAAAAAUGGACUUCUUGUUGAUAGGCGGUAAUAGAAAUAUUGUAAAUAACUAAAUACUCCAAAGUGUCCUUUUGUCGAUUUCUUUUAAAUUCUUGCUUUUAAAUUCUUUGCUGCUUUUUUAUCACUCAUAAAACCUGUCAUUUAGCUUAGAAACAUGAAUUUUUAUCCAUGGAGGAGCUCUGGACCAUAGAAAAUACAGGAAAAACGCUAACAUAUUCCUCCCCCCAGUACUAUGUAUCUUUUGGAGCAUGAGUCCUUUUAGGCAUCAAGGUUAUAUGAAACUCAUUUCCUUCCAAGAUCUCAUGUGUACAUACCUGUUUGGCUCUUUUGUUUUGGCAGGAACCUACAAAGCCUUCUCCAAACUGUUUUAAAGUUGGAAUGAAGCUAGAAGCAAUAGACAGAAAAAAUCCUUAUUUAAUAUGUCCCGCAACCAUUGGGAAUGUUAAAGGAGAUGAAGUUUUUAUUACCUUUGAUGGCUGGCGAGGGGCAUUUGACUAUUGGUGUAAAUAUGAUUCUCGGGAUAUCUUUCCAGUCGGAUGGUGCGAUUUAACAGGAGAUGCUCUACAGCCACCAGGGAAUAGUGGUAAGAAUUUUUUAUUUGUUAAAUUCCACACGUCAGGCUCAUCUGGUCCAUCUUUGCUUUUAAGCCUGUGCCUUUAAGGCUUUGAUACAGCUGACAGAGAAGCUAUAAGGAAAAAUGUGUUGGUUUUUGUGUGUUUCCCAUCAUCAUUUAAUGCUAUAGCAAAAUCUAAGUCGGGUGAAAUAAAGCCUAAGGCAUCCCACUAGCUUUAAUUAAAUGUCUUCACCAGCACCAGGGAUCACCAUUCCAAUGUCUGCAGGUGCUAUGGUGGCUACGAAGGUUUUGUGACUGCCACCCUACAAAAUUUGCCCACUAGUCCAGAAAUAUUGGUGACCUCUGCUCUAUCAUUUACUAUCCUUGCAAUGCAGCUUCCCCUCAUGUUCAUGGAUAGAGGAUUGCAGCCGAAGAGAGCCAAACCUUGAUAACUUUACGCUUGCCACCAGUUCAGAUGUAAUGAGAAACCGUAGGGUCACGUUACCUGAACAAGGUGUAGCAACCCUUGGGAGUUGCAUGCUUCCCUCUCCCCCACUGUUGUGCUAAGGAGGGUGAUUGGAAGUUUCUUUGGAUAAUAUGUAAACCAUGGUUUCCUAUGAUCAGGGAAAAGUGCUUCCGGAACAUGGCUUGUUCUCACAAGUCAUCACUUAAACAGACUUACCGUUCCAUGACAUUGGACGUAAUGAAAGCUGUGUUUAAAAUCAGAAGCAAAAUUAUCCCAUGGUUUUUCAUUAUGUCUGAACUUAGCCUGUGUUAUCAUUGUCAGAAGUAGUGGCAUUAUACAUCUCCUUAAUAAACUUUUCCACAAUUACUAUUGCAUUAUCUCUCUUGUGCAUGUGUGUCUCUUUCUUUCCCUCCUUCUCCCUCUCUUACAUUGGUGUACUAUAUUUUGUUCUCAUUACAGUUAUAUCAAGAGAUGCUGCUCAGCUGUUGAGUUUCUUAUGGCACUAGCAUAGCUACUGUCCAUACAGUUUUUCAAAUACCGUAUUUUUCGCUCCAUUGGACGCACCGGACCAUAGGAGGGGGAGAACAGGGAAAUUUUUUUUUCUUGUUCUCCCCCUCUAAAACAAGGUGCGUUCAAGGUACAUUCACCAGAGCUUGUGGGGCUGGCGGUGGGGGGAAGCGCCGCUUUCCCCCACCGCCAGCCUCAAAGAUCCCUGAAGCCUUUGGAGCGCAGCGCCCCGCUGCCCUGGAAAGGCUGUGCGCGCAGCCGUCCCCAAGCUAGAGCAGCGAGACGGAGCCCUCCGCAGUGCUCCGUCUUCCUGUUCUGGCUUUGGGCUUAGCGGCGCAGCCUGCAUUCGCUCUAUAGGACGCACACACAUUUCCCCUUAAUUUUUGGAGGGGAAAAUGUGCGUCCUAUAGAACGAAAAAUACGGUAGUUUUUCUAGCAGCUACUUUUUCUAGAUGCAUGAAGUAGUUUUUUCUAGAUGCAUUAAAAAGCAGGUUCCCUGAAAAAGCUGAGCAACUAUCUCCUUCCUGCUUCAGAAGACCAUAAUUUGUCUUAUAUGGAGCUGCAACAUCUGACUAUUUGGUGAUAGUAGGGUUUGACUAUGCUGGGUCUGCUUAUGGAUCCUAAAAUAAAUGAACAGAUGUGGGAAAGUUGUAAGCUCCAAUAAUUUUUUAGUCUUUUUCAUAGGUCUACACAUAAUGUUUAAUGCAUAUUCUCACACCUUAUCAAAACAAGGAUAAGCAAUUGUAGAAGCAAUUGAAGCAUCCUAGUUGCUUUUAUAUGUUUGCCGUAAAGAACUGUCUGUGCUACUGAAAGCUGUAUAAGCAAUCAGUACUCUCAAUACAGAAAGCCGUGUUAACAUCCUUUGCUUCUUGUUCCAUCCUUUCAAGAUGCAUUGUUGCUCCAGUUAGUAUAAGACUAUUUGGUUUGAAAAGACUUUAAUAAAGUUGUUGCUUAGGAUCAGAGUUUUAAGCAGGGACUGCUGCAUAGCUAGAGUACCCACAAGAGUCCUGAAUGCUUGAUGUCUCAAUUGUUUUGCCAGCUCAGCGAGAAACAAAAUGCUUUGUUUUGUUUGUGGAAUGGAGAGGGCCAUUGUAAUGCAAAGCAAUGGCCUGAAAAGAGCAAAAGGGCUGCCCACCCCCCUCCAACUGCACAUUAUAUAUUAAUUACAAAGAGACACUGCCGAUAACCCCCCUGCCCCAUUUUAAUAAACUAAUAUUUUAAUGCACUAAUAUUUUAAUACAAAUCCUGUUGAGAUUACAAAAUGGUUUUCAAGUUUUGGCUCCUGUAGCUCAGCUGAGAUACCUCUGUACAUGAUACAGAUUUCUUUGCUUGUCCUUUCACUCUUUCCAGAUUCUCUGACCCCAUGUAACCUUUGAUCCCCUCCUCAAGAGGGGGUGGUUAAGGAAGUAUGAGCAGGUGACUGAUGGUCACUGUCAAUAGAGCCCACAGACAAUAUGUGAAUUGCUUUAGCAGUCUCUCUCCUCCACUCUGUUGCCCUCCCCCUUCCUCUUCCUCUUAAACCAACAAAUGCAAAUUGCUGCACCCUGAUUUGCUCCUGCAAAAUUUCAGUGCCCGCUGUCCAGGCAACGUGGGCUUUGUUGCAGAUCUGCUUUUUCAGUCUAAAAAAGCAGUCCUAUGAGAUUGGGUCUUGGACCUUACAAGUGGCUAAUGUAAAUGACAUCUGGAUUUCUGGAAUAUAAAGGUAGGAGACCUGUUUAAAGGAAAUUGUUUUUAUAUAGCGUUCCAGCAGGGGCUCAUUAUUACUCCAUUUGCAGCCUUUGUUCAGCAAGCACUAUCCAUCAUUUAUUCCAAAGAGCAGAAAGUUACUGUGUGUAAAAGCAUGUACCUGCUAUUUUACAACCUGUGGCAUUGAAGGGUGUUUUCUUUGUAUUUGUGAACUCUGCUGUCCUCUCAGAUUUUUGCUGCAUGUUAAGCCAUUGACAUUUCAGUGGAGGCAGCGAUAGACUGUAGCACAAACAUGUUUAUUCCAGAUAACUGUUGUUUUGCAAUGUGUGAGUGUGGCGAGAGUGUGUGAUGAAAUUUGUGUUUGUGUGCAGUGAAAUUACAUUUUGUAAUAAAACUUUUAUUUUUCAAUUUUUACACCAGUGAUGAUUUUCUGAACAUCGGAAUACAUGGAAUUUAACUUCACAUAAAUGUACCUUCUUAGAAAUGUUUCAUUCUUCAACAGUAGUAUAAUACAAGUGGUUGAUAACUUUUGAAUGUGAUGAAGAAGAAAAGCAACACUGUUUAGUUAGCUAAAAACGUCUCCAGAACUGUAUAAAGCUGUAUGAAAAAGAAAUGUAUAAUCCGUAGGGUGUGGUCUAGUCAAACAACAAUAUACAUAGGAGCUGGGCCAGAUUUCAUGGGUUAAAAUUUUGUGUCACAUAAAUGAAUAUGAAUGUGUUCUCUCUGUAGAAUUUACCUGCUUUACACAAAAACAGACCAUGCAACCUUGGUUAUAUCUUUCAAACAUAGUUUUCCAGUGUUUAAUUGGUCCAAAAUGGUGCCACAAUUUUAUUUUUGAAAACUGAAGUGUUUUCCCUUUCAUAUUGAAGCGGCUGCAUUUAGACAUGGGCAGACAUUGUUUUACCAACUGUGGGACUUCAAAAUUGCUUUAGGGUUCUUCUUGGAUACCAGAAAAACAAGCUCAACGGAAACAUCAAAACUACAUUUAUUUUGAUGUGAAAUAUAUAUGCUUUAUAAGGGGGGGAAAGCAAUCUUCUUCUGUAAGACACAUGAAGGAAUUGAACGGCGUACUUCCUUGACCAAAUGAAACCAGUCACAGGAAUCCACAUGACUGGAAAGUCAAGGGGUAGAAGGCAGAAUGAUCAAAACUUUUUCAGUUAAUCAGAAGCAUGGAUAUAUAUAUAUAUGACUUGCUGUUCGUAUAGAGUUACCACAAAUAUUCUUGAACAAAUUCCAUUCAUUUCAGUAGGGCCUGUGAAAGCAAAAGUCAAAGCAAGUUACCAUGAAGUUCCAUUAAAUUUCAUUUAGGGGUUCUUUUGGGGGGUGGGGGUGGAGCUCUUCUGUUAUCUCAUUAUGUCCUAACUGGUGUUGCCAGAAAAGAAAUCACAUGGCCCAAUUUUGUGCCUUUAGCAGCAGCUUGAUGUACAGAAACCAGCUUUUCUUUGCAUGAAGAUUAACAUUACCCACUUGCAUAUUUCUGCACAUCAAGCUUGCUGUCAGAAACACCACUUCCCUUUCUGGUUUAAAAGUUAGCAGUCCUUGUUUCAGUUCAAAAUCACUUGAAAAUAUCUCAUUGUCAACAUACUUUGAAGUGUAAUUGAACUUUUUAAAGAAUACCGCUUCCUGAAGUGUAUGCAUUCUGAUAAAUGUAUAUUUGACUUCCUUCACAGUUUCGGGUACAAAGAAUAAUUCGAAACCCCAAACAUCCCCUUCCAAAGUGACCCGGCGCUCAAUGCAGUCUCCUCAGAAAUCUGCUCCUGUUCCUCCUUCUACAUCAAGGGGAAGGAAGCCUAGCCGGGGGAAACCAGCGGCUCCACCUGCAGUCCCUAGGAAAGGCAGGUCUCCCAAAAACACCCCUGUAGCGAAAAACACAUCUCAAAAAGAGAAUCUGAAAAAAAGGAAAAAAGGCUUGAAACCAGGAAGGAAGGUGAGAGCAAAUCUGUUUACCAUCACAAUUGCAGUAGAUGCUUUUUAUGUUUCCCCAGCUUAUUUUGUACUGAUUUCCCCACCCGAGUUUCUUUUUGAAAUGUGCAGUUGUGCAAGCAGUUUACUAGGUGUGUUGUAUUGAAAACGGCAUCCUUUUCAAGGUUACACUCCCUUUGAAGGAGCACAGGUUUGCUGAUCAGGUUACAGCAGAUAAUCAGCUUGGGGGAAAUUCUGGAUCCAUUGCUGUCACUUGAAGCUCAGAUGGUCUUGGUGUCCAGAGUGCCUUCCAUCAGCUUUGGCUAGUGGCCCAGCUCCACCCUUAUCUGGACAAGGGACAGCCUAAUGUCUGUCAUCUGUGCUCUGGUAAACUCUAGAUUACUGCAGUGAAUUACUGCAUUUAAUUACUGCAGUGGUUACUACUGUGCUGACUUCAGUGGCCAGGUUGCUCACCAGGGCAAGACGGUUUGAACAUAACAACGUCAAUCCUGCCCUGGCUGCUAAUUAGGUCCCAAGCUUAGCUCAAAGUGCUGGUUUUGACGUAUAAAGCCUUACAUGGCUCAGGACCACGAUACCUCAAGGACUACUUUUUCCCAUAUAAACCGCCCCAUAUCAUGUAAUCAUUAUCUGAGGCCUUUCUUUUUGUGCCCCCUUCAUGAGAGGUCUGAAGGGCGGGAACACAAGAACAAGCUUUUUUCUGUGGUGGCUCCCAACUUGUGGAAUGCUCUCUCCGGGGAAACUCACCUGGCACCUUCAUUGCGUAUCUAUAGGCGACGGGCAUUCCCCUUCUUCUAGACCUGUGACCAAUAAAAAACAACAAACCUAUGGCCUUUUAAACAGGGGCGGGGCAUUAUUUUUGUUUGUUACUAUGUUAUGUAUUUUUGUGUUUUUAUAUUGUAAACCACCCUGUGAUCCUCAGAUGAAGGGCAGUAUAGAAAUAACAAUAAUAAAAGGUGCAAACAAUAUAUUUUAUUGAAUGUAUUGGAGACAAAGAUAAAUAUAUAUAUAUUUAGAUUGCUACAUUUGCUGAUACAGGGAGAGUGCACUUGGAAACAUAUUACUUUAGAGACCACUUUAUCCCUUACCUACCUAGUAGGCCUCUUCUUUUGAGCUGGGCCUGCCCUUUUGUACAUGUUAUUGGUGAACAUUUUAGGCCUUGGAGCUUCAAGUAUUGUUUUAAAAUCAAUUCUUAGUUGUUGUUUUGAUCUAUUUUUGCUUUUUAAAUUGUUUGACAUUAAAUCACCUUGAUACUUAUGUGAAAGAGAUAUUAUUAUUUCGUUAAUUUAUGAACCACUUAUUUGUCCUCAGCUACCCAUUGCUACCCAUUCAGUGUUAAUCUAAAUGUGGUUGCCAAAAUAAAUAUCCCUUUAUUUAAUUUCUUGUCGACUCUCUGCUUUAAAAAGAGCUGCUUUGGUGCAGGCUACCUUUACUGGCAAAGAUCACUAAUUAAAACAUGCAUUUUUGCCAGUGGUUGCAAGGACAGUGGCAAAGAAGAAUAUCAGCAUCUGCCAUCAUUAUCAAUUAAAGUAUCAGCAGCUUUAUUAUCCAUGGGAACUAGACAUGCAAGUGGGACACAACUGAUGUGGCUUACAAUGCCUGAAGCUACCUGAACCUACCACUGUACUUAAUAUGGUAGCGAUGUGUGAAGUAAUCUUGAGCUGGCUUUUUGUGUGCUGGCCAGUCUUAACAGAUUAUCUCAUGUGGUUCCCUAGCCUGUGAUGAAAUUCUGAUGCUGACCCUUCUGGAGAACCCUUGAAAAAUGGGUUGGGACUGGGAGUUGCAAAGAUCUAGCUUUUAUACACUUCUGGCAGCAUUCUACAGUUAAGAGAACUAAGAGCUUCAGCAAAUGGUGAUCUGAAGGCUGUCUGUCUUCCGAUAGGAAAGAAACAGUUAUAUUUUUUAAAAUUUAUGAUAAAUAUAUUCUUUUUACAGAAAAAAAUCUUACCAGUGCAAUCUCCAGUAUUUCCUCCUCCCCUUACCUCUGCAAAAGUGGACAACAGCGCACCUCAGAUACACAAAGAUGGCCCUAGUAUCACUGGCGUAACAGCGGCUGUCAUUUCAACAGGUAAAAUGAUCUAUAGCUUGCAUGUCAGUCUAUAUAAAUCUUCUGGGGUACUGCUGGUUGGUUCCAGAGUGUCAUGAAAGCACUAGUAAAAGUAAAUAGAUUCAGAUACUGGUCUGUAGCUAAGUGGUAGAGCAUCUGCUUGCACGCAGGUGGUCCCUGGGUCAGUCGUCAACAUCUCUAGGUAUGACAGGGAAUGCCCUGUUUGAAGCCAUGGAGAGCCACUGUCAGAUUGUUGCAGACAUUACUGAGCUGGAUAGGCCUAUGUCUGACUCAGUGUAAGGCUGCUGCCUCUGUUCGCUUGAAAGUGAACAACAGCCUUUGACACUGGAUCCGACUCCUCAUUUUGUGUACAGGUUUGAAACUCUUCGGAUAUGUGAUACCUCUAUCACCUCUCAGAAGAAAGCAAAUUGUGGGCCCAAUAACUUUUCUUUUUUAAGUAGCAUCUUUUAUGGAUGCAUGAAAGUCCACUAAACUAGAAAUGCAGGGAACUGGCUGCAUAGUUUUACUUCUAGUUAGCAUGUACACACUAGUAAUGGAAAAUAAAAUAAAAAUAAUAGGAAGUAGUAGUAGUGAUUGGAAAAUGAAGCUAUGGUGCAUGCUACUGCUAGCACCCUGUUCCCAAAUCUCUCACUUGGCUUUCAUUUCUUGGUAGACAUUUCUUUCACUGCCUUCAGAGUUAGCAGCACUCUACCUGCACAAAAUAGGCCUCCAUUGGUCUCAGUUAUCUUCUUGUGUCUUGUUGCUUGGCUGAACAGUUUGCUUGUUACUUCCCUGCACAGGCUGAAUAACUAUCUGGCUCUGUCAGAUAUAAGAGCAGAUUAUUUCCCCAAAGCAGUAUUCAGAGUGUCUCUGUGGCUUGGUCCUAUUCUUUCUCUCCCUGUUCUAUCGUUUUUGACUGUUUACCCAUCUAACAACCAGUCAGCUUUUUUGCAGCCCCAUUUCCUUUGCCUUCUAGAUUUCCAUGUUGCGGCUAACCCCCGCUUUUCACCUUCUGUUUCAUUCUCCAGUGCAUAUCCAGCCCUGAAAGUGUGUUUAUUUGAUCUCUUGCUUUUCUCGCCACCUUUCUUGUUUUGCUUUGAAAUUCCUAUUUCCUCCUUCUUUUAUUUCUCAUUCACCAUGUUCUGUUAUCUUGUCUUUUCCCUCCCCCCUGCCUUCUGAUCUUCUUUUUCUUUGCCUUAAUUCUGACCUUCUGUUUUCCUGCUGCCUAUACCCUACCCCUCAUUUUUACUACAGUGGUACCUUGGUUUAAGAACAGCUUAGUUUAUGAACAACUUGGAUUAAGAACACUGCAAACCCGGAAGUAGGUGUUUUGGUUUGUGAAUUUUGCCUUGGAAGCAGAACAUGUUCCACUUCCUGUUGAUUGUGUUCCAUUUGUAAAUCGAGUCCCCCGCUGCUAUGGGAAAGCACACCCUGGUUUAAGAACGCUUUGGUUUAAGAACAGACUUCUGGAACAGAUUAAGUUCAUAAACCAAGGUACCACUGUAUUUCUCUUACCUUCUGUUUCUGUUUCUGCUUUUCUCUCAUUCCAUUUAUCAUGGGCAUGCGGCAGUUACCUCUCAUCAACAUCAACAAACUAUAUUUUCAAAUGCAUAUGUUGAAGAUUUUCGCUCCAUGAACACAUUAAUUUCCUGCCACAUAUUCAGUGUGACUUUACCAAGACACUUGUAGCCAACAUUCCCUAUCCAAAUAUGGGAGGAGUACCUUGAUCUGGGGUUAUUACAAGGGCAGACAAAAUAUAGAAGGGAAGGAGCCGCAUUUGCUCCUAAAGGCAUAUUUGUUAGCUCUAUAGUUCUGGAGGAUAACAGGAAAAAGCAAGGAAUGUGGGUAUAUAAUUUGGCAAAGUCAGUUAGGCUUGUCUACAUGCGGCAAGUGUGUGGACAUUUGUGGUUUCACCACCACCUGUUGGAGUUGGAGGUUAAAUAAAGCAUAUGGAAGUAGUUUGUUUAGUGUGGGUAGAUUUUACAUAAAGGACGUGGGUGGUGCUGUGGUCUAAACCACUGAGCCUCUUGGGCUUGCCGAUUUGAAGGUCGGUGGUUCGAAUCCCUGCAACGGGGUGAGCUCCCGUUGCUCUAUCCCAGCUCCUGCCAACCUAGCAGUUCAAAAGCACGUCAAAGUGCAAGUAGAUAAAUAGGUACUGCUGCGAUGGGAAGGUACCGUAUUUUUCGCUCUAUUGGACGCACCGGACCACAGGACGCACCUAGUUUUUAGAGGGGAAAAUCAAGGGAAAAAAUAUUAUUCCCCCCCCCAGCCCCAAAGAGCAAGGGACAGGCUGCGUGCAGCCUGUCCGCUUCUCCCAGAGCUUCUCGGGGCUGCGGGGGAAGCCUGUGUUCCCUCCCCCCAGCCCCAAAGAGCAAAGAAGCCAAGACAGUGAGCAGGAUCCAUAGCCGCUCAACCUCUCCAGCCAGGAGCUAAACCUCUCCAGCGCAGCUAAAGAAGAAGACAAGGCAGCGAGCGCGAUCCAUCCCGCUCACUGCCUUGUCUUCCUCUUUAGCCUUAAGCAGCAUCUUUAGCCUUGCGCAAUGGGAUGGAUCGUGCCCGCUGUCCACCGGGGCUGGACUAGAUGACUCCUGGGGUUCCCUUCCAACCCUGCAAUUCUAUGACCUUGGAAGGUGUUAGGGGUCUCCACCACAAGAGGCUUUUAAGCAGCAGUUGGGGGACCAUCUGCCUGGCGUUCUUUAGCUGUAAUUCCUACAUUGUGAGGGGGCUGGGCUAGAUGACCCUUGGGUGGCCCUCCCAACUAUAUACAGUCCUACACGUCUGCGGCAGGAGAUCCACAGCCACUUCACACAAUGCCCACUCCCAAUUUUCAUUGGAGAGACAUGUGGCUUCAGUGUCUAGGUAGAUACCCCCCUACCUGCCACUCUCCCCCCACCCCACUUAAGCCGAGGAAUGCCUGCCCAGAGAAGCUCCCAGGUGAGGCAAGGGUUAAGAUCUACCUCUGGUAAAUGGCUUUCCCUUUUCUCUUCUUCUUCUGUGCUAUUUCCUUCUUUUGUGUUUUGUUUAAUCUGUUUUUAUUGUAUACUAAAAUAAAAGCUGCAAAGUUUCCUUUUUUAUAAUAUCCCCCCAAACUAAAACGUUAAUCUAGAUAAAAACACUGAUCCAGAGGAAAAGAAGGGGGUGGAGAAAGGACGAAGAAAGAAAAAGAGGUAGAGAUAGAGAGAUUUUUUAAAAGUUGGCUUCUUUAGCCUUGCGCAGCCUCCCGCGACUGGAGAGGCGAAAGGCUAAGGAGGAAGCCCGGGCAGCAAGGGGAUGGAUCGCGCUCGCUGCCCUGGCUUCCUCUUUAGCCCUGCUCAGCCUCCCGCGGCUGGAGAGAUUGCGCAAGGCUUUUCUAGAGGAGGGAGAAGGGACUGACUGACCGUGUCAGGCCCUUCUCCCUCCUGGGGAAAAGCCCACAAGAGCCGCACGAAGCUUGUGUGUGGCUCUUGGGGGCUUUUCCUGCCUGCCUCCUCCCCUGCAUUCGCUCCAUAGGACGCACAGACUUUUCCCCUUAGUUUUUAAGACGGAAAAACUGCGUCCUAUGGUGCGAAAAAUACGGUAAUCGCCGUUUCCGUGCACUCUGGUUUCCGUCAGUGUCUCGUUGCACCAGUAACGGUUUAGUCAUGCUGGCCACCUGACCCAGAAAGCUGUCUGUGGACAAACGCCGGCUCCCUCGGCCUGAAAGUGAGAUGAGUGCCGCAACCCCAUAGUCGCCUUUGACUGGACCUAAUUGUCUAGGGAUCCGUUACCUUUUACCUUUACCUAGUUUUUACAUGCAGAGCAUCAGCUCCUCUGUUUCAUCAUUUAAUUACAGUUUAGCUAUUUGCAAGCUUUUGAAAUAGAUAAAAUGUAUAGAAGAUGUUCAUCCAGUCCAUUCUCAAUGAAAACUUUAUGAAAUAUUAUUUGGUCUGGAAUGCAUUGUUUGCAGAUUCUUCUUUUUUUAAAAAAAAUUGACAUUCCUCCUUUUUUCCUCUUAGUCUGUGUCUAUGUUAACAAACACGGAAACUCUGGGCCUCAUCUGGACAAAAAGAAGGUUCAGCAGCUUCCUGAUCACUUUGGACCGGGUCCUGUGAAUGUAGUGCUUCAGCAGGCUGUGCAAGCCUGUGUGGACUGUGCCUAUCAAUCAAAAACAGUCUUUGGAUUCCUGAAGUCGGGGCACCACGCGGGAGAGAUCAUCACUGGUAUUUUAUUGGUUUUAUUUUUAUAUAUAAAUGGAUUUAUAUCCCUUCUUUUUGCAGAGUCUCAAAGAAGCUAACCGUUAAAUACAAUCAAAUGUCAAUAAAAACGGAACGUAAUAAAGCAGUAUAAUAAAAACAGCAGCAGAACUAAUAAAACAAACCAGGAAGCUGUGAAACACGUUUGAUAAUGGCAAAGCAUACUUGGGUAGAAUCCAGCAAAUGGAUGAGCAAUUGUAGCAGGUUUUCUUAACUUAUUAGUAAAAUGUGAUUAAGUUUUAGUUUUGGUGCAAAAUCCAGACCAAAGAUUUGUGUGGCAAAAUUGUGUAAAUGACACACUUCAUUUUAUUUAUUUGAUCCAGCGGUAAAUAAGGUAGGACUAGGUUUCUUUAUGCUUACAUUAUCUAACUUUUUUUUUAAAAAAAAUAAUAAUUCAAACCAUGUUUAUGCUGUUGUUUUCUAGUAAAAGAGCAAAGAGUAAAAGACCUUGUGCUUUUUUCUUUUUUACAUGAAGUGUUCCGAGCUACUCACUUUAGGGUUCCCACUAAAUGGAUUUUUAACUGAGAUGCUGUUGAUGCUAUUCUUUCCCUAUAAUUAUAUUUUAGAAGUGUGGAAGGGAUAGCACACCAAGCCCUUUUUCAUCUCUAUUCCCUCACUGUCCUGAGAGCAGAUGUGUUGUUUAAAUAUUUCUCCAGUUCUAAAUUAGAGGCUGCUGCUUGUUACUAUUCUCCUGGCAGAAGCAAUCUUCAGGACACAAGUUAACCUUAAUUCAUAUGGCAUAAAAAAGUGCCUUACUUUAUUCUCCCUGUAUUAAUGCCAGAUGAGGAUAAUGAACUAUGGUAUGCCUAAACCUUCAUUUCCCGCAGUAUAACUUGUGAUGUGCAUACUGUGAAUGGUCACUAAUCUUUGUUCACAUCUUCUGUACGCAAAAGGAAAUGUCAGUCUGCUGGCAUAGAUUUAACAGUUAGAUAUCAGCUUCAUUUGUAAGACCCCAUUAUUGUACACAGGAUGUUUAUAGCUUUAUGGGAUGCAAGAAGUUAUAGAAGACUUCAGCUGUUGGUGUAAAUUAACGAGCCCUUGGUAUUUAUGAAUAUAAAGCAAUAUAUAUAAAGUAGCUUUUAAAGUGUCUUAUAAAAUGCAAGGAAUGCCAAUUGCCAGGGCAAUCACAGGCAUUUUUACUCAAAGAUAAUUCCUAUUGAAUUAUUUGGGGCUUACUUUCAGGUCAGGUGGGCUGGAAACAGGGAAAGUACCAGCAGUCAGCAGAACAGUUGCUACUCUGCUGAUUACAGGUAGCCCAAGUCCCGCUCGUUUUGAGAAGGGGUCAGGGAGGACCAAAAUCUUUCCCUUACAAGCUACCUGCAUCCGAGACACCAGCCCGGUUCACGUGUCGUAUUAAACCAUGUGCAGGUACAGCGUGAUGAUGCAUGCUUCUCAAAAGUUCCCAUGCUGCUGCUGCUGCUGAGCCACAGACUUAAGCAAAGCCGGUGUCUGGCUAGUUGUGUUGUUUCACCCUCUGGUUCACCGUUUGUUUCCUCCAAACAAACCACAGGCAGUAAGCCAAAAGAAAACCACAAGCCUACGUUCUCAUGACUCAAGCUAGAUUAAAUUUUUUUCAUCGGUGGCGUAGCAGGGAAGAAUUGUUUUGGGAACUUUUGAGCAACCUUUCAUUCACAUGAAAACCUUGAUUUGUUUUGCUGUGGAUCAAUGUGAUGUGGGAGCCAGGCCUUUGAUGAUAAAUCUACAGCCAUAUAACAAAACUUGUAUCAGACUACAGCGCUGCCUUUAUUUAAAGGGUAGCUUAACCACAGUUACUCCGGAUUAGCCAAGGGACAAACAUUCAAGCUUUGGUAUUGAAAUUGGCAAAGACAACACAAUAAAUGUUCUGCCUUUUACCCCCUUUGUUUCUGUCAAACCGGGGGUUUCUGCCACCGGCACUGGUGUUUCAAUCAAUCCCGCCGUGAUUUGAGGUCUUCUUUUUACCCUAUAGCCUCCUUUGAUGGGGAGAAGCACGCCAUCAGUCUUCCUUCUGUAAACAGUGCCUCGUUUGUCCUGCGCUUCUUGGAGAAGCUCUGCCACAGCCUGCAGUGCGAUAACCUUUUCAGCAGCCAGCCCUUCAGCCCUUACAUGGGAAGUGCAUACAGCCCCACCGAAUAUGAUAGAAGCAAACCAGGUAAUGCCCCCCGCUGCCCGGCAUUUUUAGAAGUUAUGGUGUGUAUUUAAAAACAAAACAAAACACAGUUGGGUUUAUAUUUGUGAAUAUCAGUGUAAACUGAGCCAUUUUAAGUCUUGUGCUUAAGAUGUGUUGUUGUUUUUCUUUGCUUCCUGAUACCAUGUGUACACAAUCCUAAGCAAGCACUGAUAAAUUCAAUGGAUUUUGCAACCUUAAGUCUUAAAAGGAAACCUCUCUGGUGUAGCGUGGCAUAGGAAUUUAUGAGUCUUGAUUUUAAAAAUAGGUUUUAGUGUCUUAGCUUGUUCCUAGAUUUUGACAUAUACAGCAACAGACACUUACAAAGAAAAGCAGAAUAUUCCCUUGUGCCUUUUGUAGGGCUAAUUCCACACCAGUUGCUGCUCAGGCAUCAUCCUGGUCAUUGGCUGUUGCAGAAAGAAAGCAAACUGAUUUUGAUAAGCAAUUUGAAAAUUUGACACUCCUCACCAUCAAGCCUCAUAUUUAUGCUGCUGGAUUUUUGGUGUGGAUUAAAUAAUUUUGGUUUUUGUCUCCCUCCCCCACAUCAGAUUUAUAAAGGAAUAUUAUUUAUUUAUUGCACUUAUUAGAAAUUGACUGUGGUUGCAAUCCAUAUAUAUUGUGUACUUACCUGGGAGUAAGUCCCAUUGAACUCAGUAGAACUUAACUUUUAGAUAGCCAUACAUAGGAUUGCUGUGUGAACAUGAGAUUAUAUAUAUUGCUUCCUCAGAUAGCCACGUGCAGAUGUUAAUUGCGAAUUUGAAUCUACCCAGUUUCACAGUUGUCUAGGUAUUACAUUAUUAAUUUUCUAAAACUGCCUUUUCAGAAGGUUUUCUGUUAGACAACAGUGAUUAAAAAAGCUGAGUUACUUCCUAAAAAAAUGCUCAAACAGCAUUUCCAUCAUGCAUGCCAAAUGUGUUAUUGCAGUAACUCAUCAGCUGUCCUAUGAAAGGUCCGUUAUCCCUGUAUGAAUUAUGUAUAUGAAACAAGGGGCUGAGAAAAAUGUGGCUGAAAGCCUAAGGCCACUGAGGAUGCGCAUGACUGGGGAGAGAUGGGAAGUGGUCAGAUUUCCUGGCUCACUCUCUUUGUCACAUGAUACCCUUCCAAGCUUAUUAUUUCUGUACCCACAAUUUUCAGGAGCUGAAAUAGUUGAAGGCUGUGCUUUCAAUAUUUUUGAGAAACUGUAGUUUGGCAUCUGCCAUGGCCAUUAAAAAAAAGAUGCACAGAUGGUUAAGUAUGCACAUUUUAAUCAUUGCUUAUUAUGUCAAUUGCUGCAUGCUGCAGUGAGCAAAUUGACUGCAGUCCCUCUGUGAUAUACUGUGUUUCCUUUUUCAGUGUAGAAUACACCUUUUUUUUCUGCUUACGGGUGACAUCAGGUGGGGAGUUCAGCUCCCCCUAAUGACUGAAGGCAGAAAUCACUGUUCAUAGUUUUAGAAGCUUCUUAUGUUCUCAGAUCAGCCGUAUUCUGCCUUUACCAAGUGUGUUCAUGGCACGUAUGCUCUCUCCAUGAUCUUUGCUUCUGGCAUACUACUGUAUAUAGUUUUGCUUUUGUUUUUAUGGUUUGUAUGUUUGUUUAGUACCUCUAGUCUUUUCCUCCAGUAGUGUUUUUUUAAAAAUAUUUUUACCUUAGUUGUGUCUUAUCCUUCACUCUUUUCCUGCCCCUUGGUCAGCUCAUUGCUAACUUUUUUCUGCUCUCCAUUUGCCUCAGCUUUUUCCUAUACCUCUGAACUUAAAAAGAGAGGGGGCCCUUUGGUUUCUGCUCUAUAUUUCGCCUUCCUUCCUCUCUUCAUGAGGACUCUGUCCAUAGCCAUCCCUCUGUCAUGGUCAAGUUGUUCUCUGUUUUGGUUUUGCCUCCUUACACAAAAAUCCUAGCAAACAUUUUGGGGCGUAUGGUCUUGAUGAACUAAGUCACCCCUUAGGCAUGGCAUCACACCUGACCUCUUCAGUGGACCCAUUUCAGAGAUCAGGUGCAUCUGCCCAGGUCAGUUCAUCUGCAUCUUCCCUGGUAGCUUCAGGAGUAAAAUCUUCAGAAAGAAGCUCCUCUUGGGGACCCUCUCUGGACAGUUACCAUCUUGGGUGCCAGCUCUGGAAGCGCCCUAUCAACUUCCUAGAGCUUGGUCUUUCUAAUGGCUUUCCGUUAGAGAACUGAUCUGAGAACACCAAAAGCUUCUACAAAACUGAACAGGGGUUUCUGCCUUCAGCUACUGGGGGGAGAUAAACUUUACACCUAACGUUAUCAGCACAUGCAUGGGAAAAGAGCCCUUCAUGAAUACCAAAUGGUAUCAUCGUAACUGUUUUCUCCAAUGACAGUGCUUUGGAACAAUUUCUGCAAAAGAGCACAUACAGGGAAGUGGUUACACCAGAAUGGAAGAUCAAUAUACAUUUUUGCAUAGAAAGGUUUAUGAGCAAGGUAUUCACAGAUCCAUGCAAUGUAGAAAAACCCACAAGGGUUCCCAUAGGUGUUUUUUCUACAGGAACCAGCCCAAAUCAUUUCCUCAAAGGAAAUGUAGGAACUACAUAAGGCAACUUAGGUGGUUGUUGUUUUUUAAAGUGAUUCCUUUCCCCCCCUCUCCCAGCAAAAGAGGAAAUCUCUGACAACAGAAGUACAAAGCGAUAUUCUCAGGAUUCGCCGUCCUAUACUGCCCCCCUGUCUCCUAAACUACCAAGGACUGAAGCUCAUCCCUCAGAAGGUAACUAUUGUUAUAUUUCUUUACAAAAGAAGCACUGCAUUUCUAGGCAGUCUAGCCCAAGAGCACACCAAAACCCACAUGAAUAGGAGGAUAAGUAGCUACUAGCCAUGAUGGCUAUGUUUCACCUCCGUUGUCAGAGGCUGUUGCGCUCAGGUCCUCCUUGCAAGCCUCCCAUGGGCAUCUGGUCACUGUGACCACAGCAUGCUGGACUAGAUGGGUGACUGGCCUGGUCCAGAAGGGACUCUUCUUAUUUUCUCAUGCAGUCCAGGCAUGUACUGGAUUCUGUGGCAGGCACACCCAGAUUGGAAGGAUGGGGGGAAAUAUUCAACACACAAAUAACACACUAGGCUACUUCCUCAGGACUGCACUAUACGGUGUAGCUCACUGAUUUCAGUGGGUUUACAUCUACAUAUAUUGUUCAGUACUAGGACAGGCAAAACAAGCUGCAUGUUGAUUCUAAUGAAAACUGGAGAAAUGAAUAUGUAUAGGCAUAGUUUCCUUACUUCACCAAUUCGUAAAUUACACCCCAAAUCCAUACACAUCUGGGAUUACUGCCACUUCUACAGGAGCCCUUUUCUCUGAAAUUGCCCUUGUUUGUGUAUUUUUAUGGGGAAUCUAGUUACCAUAUAGGCACAGUUCCUCCUACUUCUGUGUCUUUUCCACUAUAAUCUGGGGAGCGAUAGUGCACUGGCUAUAAACAGCAUCAGGCUGUUAUGUUUCCCAGUGCAGAUGGGAAAAAUGCUGUCUUGUUCGUACCUUUGAAUGGAGGGAGCCCUUCCAUUCAUAGAUGCCUAAUUAGAAUACCAGCCCUUUUUACAGCAAAGUAUUUGUAGACAUAGCUCUUUCCCCCCAAAAAACCCCCCCAAAACCACCCUAUUCUCAAGGAUAUUGCCAUAAUACUUCCUAAUGUAAAUGCAUUAUUUAUGUUAAAUUACUUUAUACAGCGGAAACCUUGCCAAGUGAAGAAAAUGGCACUUCCAAAGAACACAGAUUUUCAGAGGACUCAAUGGAUUCUGCACUUAAUUUAGUCAAUCCCGCAAGCCCUAACUGUCGGAAUUCCACUGAAUAUCGAACCUCAGGGAGUGCAGCCUAUUACAGGAAUUCUCUUCCGCCAAUGACUGCUACCUCAAACACAGCACCAAUUCUACGGAGACUGUCGUCAAGUUCUGCUGGGAACAGCAGUUACUAUGAAGUCAACAGGAACAGGCUGCAGAGGAGGAUUGAAGGUACAAUCUAGUUCUUUAAAAGCCUAUGCUCUGUUUUGUCUUCUUAACAAUAUAUAAACUCAUAUAUUAUUGCUUUUUUUGUCUGGUUGAACAAAAACUACAGUUUAUAAAGCUGGUUCUGAACAUGCUUUGAUAUGCAAGGAUUUGAAAAAGAAGUCAAAACUUGCAAAGUUAUCAGACAUGCCAGAAAUCAAGUUAGCCACCCAAUCUUGCUCUGUAGAGAUUCCUCGUGUUGUAAUGUCCUCCCUCCUGAGUUUAUAAGGGAUCGGCUGGUUGUAGGUCACUGAAGAGCCAUUUCUGAAAUGUAGGAAAAUUCCUUGAAGAUUCCUGUCUUCCUUAACAGUGUUUUAGGUAUUUCCUCAACUCUCCUUGAUAUCUCAGAAGUUGGUAGGUAGUUAAUUCUCAGUUGUCACUUCUAUUCUUGAACCUGCUGUACCUUAAAUAUAGUGUGGUGUAAUCUGUAUUAUUCAGGCCUUCCUAACCUAUGAAAGUCUGCCCAGAUGAGCUAAAUGUUGCAUUUCACAAAUACCAGUUCACUCUUCUCUUUUCUGUAGGCAGAACAUCAAGUGUAGUGGAGCCUUAAGAGCAAACAUACGUGAUCUUUUAUAGAUAUAAAAAGUCACCAUAUGGUAUUUUCACUCCUACCACCCUUCUUAAUUAACCAGUCAUGCAGUCAGAUGUAUAUUUAACCACAGCAUGAAUAAUAAUAAAAAGCACUAAGUGUUUACAGAUUAUUAUUAAAUAUAAUCCUUUUUAUAUGGAGAGGCACUCAUGAGGAAUGGCAGGGAAGGAUCACCAUGUGGUAAUUUGCCCCCUCUUAUUUAUAAAUGGAAGCCCAAGAACUUGGUGUUGUGUGUCCAAAAUGAGCUGGUUAUACAAAUGGCAUUUCCACCUUCCUCAGUUUCUUGGAUUUUUUAAUAUUUAAGCUGCAAGCUCCACAACAGGACCUGACCUCAGCACGCUAAAACGAGAACCCUCCCGCGUACCCAGUAAGGAUCCUUCUAUGUGGUCGAUAGAUGAAGUCAUGCGAUUUGUGAAAGAAGCUGAUCCUCAGGCAUUAGCGCCUCACGCAGAACUCUUCAGAAGACACGUAAGGAGGCUGUUUGCUUAUAUUACAUUUAGUCUAUUGUACUAAAGGAUCCCUGACCAUUAGGUCCAGUUGUGGCCGACUCUGGGGUUGCGGCACUCAUCUCACUUGAUUGGCAGAGGGAGCCGCCGUACAGCUUCCGGGUCAUGUGGCCAGCAUGACUAAGCCGCUUCUGGUGAACCAGAGCAGGGCACGGAAAUGCCGCUUACCUUCCCGCCGGAGCGGUACCUAUUUAUCUACUUGCACUUUGACGUGCUUUCAGACUGCUAGGUUGGCAGGAGCAGGGACCGAGCAACGGGAGCUCACCCCGUUGCGGGGAUUUGAACUGCCGACCUUCUGAUUGGCAAGUCCUAGGCUCUGUGGUUUAACCCACAGCGCCACCCACCUCCCAGUCUAUUGUACUACAUGAGAGUAAAAAAACUUGGGCACAACCUUUGAGAGAUUGUGGUUUGUUUUUCCAGGGACACAAACCAUUUUGCUUUUUAAAAACAAACAAAAAAACCAACAAACCUAUAACAAGCUCACUUGAAGCCAUCCAUUGUGAUGAAUCACAUUCUCUGUUGGGUUCUUCACUACAAAUGCUCAUUAUUUCUCAAAGUAGAAGUCGUCUCUAUUAGCCUGUGAAGCAUGACCCAUUAUUGUGCAAUUCUCUGGCAGCCCUCUGGAGACUACAUAAUCUCUGCAUUUUGUUUUUAUUUUGGCAGGCAAUAACUUUCCAGUCCUUUGUUAAAAAAAAUCCCAGCAAAACUUUUAUUUCAUAAAAUUUAUAUACUGCUUGAUUGUUAAAAGCAUACACCAUCCAAUCAGGCAUUUUUGGUAGGACACAUUGAAAGGAUUAAAAUCAAUUCCCAGCUGAAAUUGAAAUUGGUUCCCAGUUUGAGGCUAUAGCUGACUGACUCCCACUAUGAAAAGAUGAGGCUGCUGAACAGACUUUUGGGCCUUGGGGUUGUUGAUGCUGGUUUUUUGUAUCUUUAUUUUAGAUCUUCUUGUGAUUUAUUCGGAAAUGGUUCAGUUUGGUUUUGUAUAUUUUAAUGUUUUAUUAUUUUUGACUACUUUUGUUAAGUUGUGGUUGAGGUUUUUCCCCCCAUGUUGUAAACAGCCUUGAGCAUGAACUCUGGAAAGGCAGCAUACAAAUAAAUUAUUUCCCUGCAGAACCUUCCUAUAAUUUAGAAUUUUCUGUGGCCAAAAUUCAGUGAAAAGCCAUUUCCUCUGCAGGGUUUCUGCUAUAUAAAAUAAUUUAACACAAAUAGUGCAUUUACAUUCGGAAGUAUUUUGGCAAUAUCCUUGAGAAUAGCUUUAAAAAAAGCUAUGUCUACAAAUACUUUGCUGUAAAAAGAACUGGUAUCCUAAUUAAAGGUAAAGGACCCCUGACAGUUAAGUCCAGUCGUAGACGACAGGGGUUGCAGUGCUCAUCUCACUUUACAGGUCGAGGGAGCCGGUGUUUGUACGCAGUUUUUCCGGGUCAUGGGGCCAGAAUGACUAAGCCGCUUCUGGUGCAAUGCAACACCAAGACCAGAGCAGCACACAGAAAUGCCAUUUACCUUCCCGCUGGAGUGGUACCUAUUUAUCUACUUGCACUUUUUGGUGUGCUUUCAAACUGCUAGGUUGGCAGGAGCUGGGACUGAGCAACGGGAGCUCACCCUGUCACGGGGAUUCAAACCGCCGACCUUCUGAUCGGCAAGCCCAAGAGGCUCAGUGGUUUAGACCACAGCGCCACCCACGUCCCUUGCUAUCCUAAUUAGGCUUCACAAAUAGAAGGGCUCCUUCCAUUUACAGACGUUACGAAGACCCUAGGUCAGCCUUUACAAACCUUGUGCCCUCCAGAUGAUUGGGAUUGCAGCUCCCAUCAGUCCCUCCCAGCACAGGUGUUCUGGAGGGUGCAAGGUUGGCAAAGACUGCCCCAGAUCAUAAUUUAUCAUUCUCUUUAUGAUGUUUCCCCAAGGCUGUACUCUACAACCUACUGUAUCUUGUUGAGUUUAUUACACGCAGAUGCACAUUGUUUCAUGCAAGCCUAGUACUAUUUUUUCUUUCCUUUUCAAGGAUUCUAGACCAAGAUAUUACCAGGUGGUUAAUCCUUAUUGUGUGCUCUUUCCACAGGAAAUUGAUGGAAAGGCUCUCUUGCUACUGAGGAGUGAUAUGAUAAUGAAAUAUAUGGGACUGAAGUUGGGGCCUGCACUAAAGCUGUGCUACCACAUCGAGAGACUUAAGCAAGGGAAAUACUAA